CUUCGUUCUCACUUCACUCCUCCUUUAAUUUCCCACUAUUUAUUCCCUUCUCCCCCCCUUCCCACCUCUCUACCGCCGCUCACUCUCUCUCUCUCUUAUCACUUUCUCUCUCCUCCUCACUCACUUCACUCCCCUCCCCUCACUUCCCACUUUACUAGUCACUACCCACAUCCGGCCCGACAUUAUGGAUCUCAAGGCCACGCUUUUGCUUGGCCUCAUCUGCAUUACUCUCGCCGUUGCCGGCGGACAAUCCCCCGCCUCAUCCCCCACUCAAUCUCCUCCCACCACCACCCAGCCACCUCCAGCAAACCAACCUCCACCAGCUACUCAACCUCCUCAAGCAAGCCAACCUCCACCAGCUACUCAACCACCUCAAGCAAGCCAACCUCCACCAGCAACUCAACCACCUCAAGCAAGCCAGCCUCCUCAAGCUAGCCAACCUCCACCAGCUACUCAACCACCUACCGCUUCUCCCCCUACCCAAACCACCACUCCACCUCCUACCACCACCGCCUCACCACCACCAGUAGCACAAGCACCCCAACAACAAUCUCCACCACCAGUGGCUGCAACUCCACCUCCAGUAGCUGCAACUCCACCACCUGUUUCCUCCCCACCACCAGUGGCAACUCCACCACCAGUUGCAACCCCACCACCAGUCUCCGCUCCACCACCAGCAACAACCACUCCACCCGCUGCUGCCCCAGUUGCUACACCAGUGGCUACACCGGCUGUUUCCCCCGUCGCAGCGGCACCAUCUCCAUUGUUGUCUUCCCCACCAUCUCCCCCCGCUGAAGCUCCUGGACCUGGUAUGGGUGGUGCUCUCUCUCCUGGGCCCACCAGCUCCGAUUCUGAUCAGAGUGGAGUAGAGAAGAUGUGGUCUGUUUCCAAGUUGAUUGGAAGCUUGAUUUCUGGAUGUGCAAUCCUUGCCUUGCUAUUUUAAGAGAAUCAUCUGCUUCUGUGGGUUAUGUUAUCGCGGUAUUAAUUUCAUUUAUGUAAUAUUGGAUAUGUCAUUUGGUACCUGCCCUCUUGUAUUUUGGAUUUAUACAUUCAAUCAGGUGGAUUCUUUUUUCUUCUUUUAUUUUUGUGAGAUUUUUGAGGGUUAGUUUAUCUUCUUUCCGGGGUGACUCCUAUGUUGUACUCCGUAUGAGAUUGUAUUAGUAGUUGAUUUAGCUUAUUACUUUUAGUAAAUAACUCCUAUUCAUUCUUGUCA